GAAGCGCAACCCCGGCCCCGGCGCGCAGGGAGGACUGCGCACCGGGUCUGCAGCGCGUGCGGAGCCCCACCUCCCCACGUGGCGUACGGCUGCGGGGGCGGCCCCGGGCCCCACGCCCCCGGGCGCCUGCGGCGGGGGCAGCGGGUCCCUCUCCGCGUCCGCCGUCGGGGGGCGCUGCUCGCGGUCCACGGGGCCGGGCGCGCCCCGCAAGAUGUCCGGGCGCCGCGGCCGGCAGCCCGGGCCCCGCCUGUCCUGGCUACUGUGCUGCAGCGCCCUGCUGUCCCGGGCCGCGGGCUACGUGCUCGUGAGCUCCAUGUCCUGGGCCGUCACCAACGAGGUGGACGAGGAGCUAGACAGCGCCUCCACCGAGGAGGCGCUGCCCGCGCUGCUGGAAGACUCGGGCAGCAUCUGGCAGCGGAGCUUCCCGGCCUCGGCGCACGAGGAGGACGCUCACCUGCCGCCCCCGGAGGGCACCGCCCGCGCCAGGCCGUCCCCCGCGCCGCCCGGGAUGUUCUCCUACCGGCGCGAGGGCGGCGCGAGGCUGCGCCCGGGCACCGCCCGCUUCCUGGCCCACGCCAGCGACUGGGGCUGUCUGGCCACCGUGUCCGCCCACGAGAAGAUCCCAGGACUGCCGUUUGGGAACUGCCUGCCGGUCAGUGACGGCCCCUUCAACAACAGCACGGGGGUUCCUUUCUUCUAUGUGACACCCAAGGACCUCCUGGUGGCUGAUCUGAUGAAGAACCCCACGGCCUCCCUCCUGCUGCCGGAAUCCGAAGGAGAUUUCUGCAGAAAAAAUAUCGUCGACCCAGAAGAUCCCCGCUGUGCCCGGUUAACACUCACUGGCCAGAUGGUCGCAGUGUCUCCAGAAGAAGUGGAAUUUGCCAAGCAAGCCAUGUUUUCAAGACACCCAGUUAUGAGGAAGUGGCCUCGUCAGUAUGAAUGGUUCUUUAUGAAGAUGAAGAUAGAUCAUAUCUGGCUUCAGAAAUGGUAUGGAGGAGUAGCUGACAUUUCCAGGGAGGAAUAUUUCAAAGCAGUUCCAAGAAAGGCCUGAUGGAGUGAGAAGAAAGUCCUUGAUGUUUGCGUAACAUGAAAACCUUUUGAGCGAUGCUGCCAGACAGCAAUUGACUGCUGUCUCUUUGUGAGAGGGUCUAUUGCAGCCCUGUCAAUCUUACAGCAGAAUGAGAGUGGGUCACCCGGGACCCCUGUGCUAGCUGGAGAUUGAAGUGGCCAUUUGCAAAUGCCCAGGUCACACAGGGACUUCACAUAGAGAGUCUGUUUACAUGUGUUCAGUCCAGACUCACCUACGUGGGAUCACUGUUGGCUGUCAAAGUGACAUGUUGAGACAGUUGCUGUUCCAUUCUUUAAGAUAAAAAACAAACAAACAAAAAACACAAACCUAUGCCUGUAUGUACAAUGUGAUUGCUUUGUAUCAUGAGAGUAUGUUUGUUGCUUGUUGUACCCAAAGCAGUGUCCUGGUUCUAAGCUCAUUGCGACCACAGAAGAACUAAAUACGCAUCACACAGCCGCCGUCUUGUGUUUAGGGUGAGGGUGCAGGACUCUUUGUCUAUGGGUUACCAUCCUGCUACAGAAUGGCAAAUGCAUUAUCGAGCCCCAUUUGCUAGAAUGUACUGGUCACUCAUGAAGCUUUUUUCCCACUGCAACAUGACAAACCAUGUGAGAACCCCCCGAGUUUGGUGCACAGCCCUAUUCUAGGUAAUCGGGCCAUGGUGGUACAUUAAGGGAGGGGCAGCUUCGGCAACGGGCUCCCCAGAUCCCCUCUGCUAGUGCUGGGAUAGGGGGUCCCCUUCUCUUAGGCAUGGGGAGUGCUACUCAGUCUGUGGUAGAGAGAGAGGAGGGGGACAGGGAGAGGCUGGAAAGGAAGCAAAGGCAACGUAUAAGAAAAGGAAGGAGGG